GUUUCCAACGAUUCCGUUAAAUAAAUCUCGUUUCAUUAUUUUUUCUUAAUACCUAACAUGUAAUCAAUUCUCAUAUACUUAUUAAAUUUAUACAGCAAUAAAACUUUUAGCAUUAAGGAAGUUGUACCUCUUUUUUCCUUCUUGCUUAAGCAAAAGAAUAAUUAUGUGGUUAGAUUACAAAAAAUAAAAGUAAAAAGAUGUAUCAUAUACUUAGAAUCAUUCUAUACAGACUGUGGGUUGUCUCGACGUUAACCCUAUUUUUUGGUGUAGUUGUGUUUUGGUUUUAUGGAUUUCUAACAGCAUUGGUUGUUUUCACUUUGGGCAUUUCAGGUAUACUGUAUAAUGCUCAAGAUCUGUUGCUGUAUUAUCCCAAUGAUCCACCAGACUCCAGGGUAUUUGUCCUUCAACCCAGUAACUACAAGCUGCCCUAUGAAAGCAUCAAAAUAAUCAACAAAGAUGGCUUCAAAAUUCAUUUGUUUCUUAUCAAACAACCUGUUAAUAGCAAUCAUAAACCCACCAUGAUAUUUUUUCAUGGCAAUGCUGGCAACAUGGGUCAGAGACUUUCAAAUGUGUCUGGCUUCUAUCACAAGCUAAACAUCAAUAUACUCAUGGUGGAGUACAGAGGAUAUGGUUUGUCAGAAGGCUCUCCAUCUGAGAGAGGACUGUAUGUUGAUGCACAGUCUGCACUUGACUACAUAAUGCACAGAACUGAUAUAGAUGUCAGUAAAAUCAUGAUAUUUGGAAGAUCAUUAGGUGGGGCGAUAGCCAUCGAUUUAGCAUCUAGGUUGGAAUAUAGGAAUAAAAUAUGGGCAUUGGUGGUAGAGAAUACUUUCACCAGCAUUCCUGAUAUGGCACAAGUUAUACUGAAAUGGAAAUGUUUGAAUUGGCUUCCACCUUGCUGUCAUAAGAACAAGUACUUCUCCUUGAAGAAAAUGGCGCAUGUAAUGACACCAACUCUAGUGAUAUGCGGUUCAAAUGAUGCUCUUGUUCCACCUGCAAUGGCAAAAGAGCUGUACCUGCGGUGUGGAGCUGUGUGCAAGAAGCUAGUGGUGAUGCCUGGGGGUGGACACGAUGACACUUGGACUUGCAGAGACUACUACUCCUCGGUGCAACAAUUCUUGGUGAAUGUCCCACCCUUGCCUGGUGAAAUUGGUCCAUUCUUUGAUGAUGAUACAAAUUCCACUAAAAGACAUACAAUUGUGCAUACAGUAUAGUGCGGACUGGGUACACAUUUAGAUAAAAUAUGAUUUUACCUUAUUAUGAUUUUAUAAAGUUUAUAUAGAGAAAUAUUUUUAAUAGUUUUUAAAUUCCUGUAGCUUAUUGUGUAGAUAUAAUACUUCAAGUUUUCCAUUAUAAAAAUUUGGUACAAAAUGGCGAUACAUAGUAAUUAAAUUUUCUCAGUAAUAUUACCUUCCACCACAGCUUUGUGUUAUUUUUAAAAAUAACCGAAUUAUUUGAAUUUAUACCAUGCCACUUCAAUAUUUUUCUAAAAUCGCACAAAUGUGUAUUUCGAUAGUACCUGUUAAGAUAUUGCUACCUACGAAAAUGUUUGCAGCACCGUCGAACAUGGUCAAGGGACAAAAGGAGGGAUCAACCAUGUACCUGCUCCUCCUUGAAGGCACUCGAAUGUUUCAGACUGCUAGUUCAAUAGUGCUCAGUCUGAAUGUUUCGAAUGCACCCGUGUAUUAAGCUAUAAGACUGAAAGCCCGAUUAUGUGACACUUUAGAUUAUAGUGGUUGGCAAGUCAAGUAAUCUGUCGCGGAGAAUUCAAAUAUCUCCAAAAUCGAUGGUGCGUGUAUGCAUAUCCUAGUGGUCACAAGUAUUUAAUACCCGUUGCCAUGUGUUCGACUGAUUGAGUUUCGUCGCCAGUAUUUAUAAGCAAUGUUUAACUAAGAACUGCCUUAGUAAGAGAGGAGCUUUAGUUAAAUCAAUUCGUUAUAGAAUUAAAAUAUUUUUAUAGUCAAAGCAAUUAUUUUGUUGAUAUGAAUUCGAUACAAAGCUUUAGUGUAUAAAUCUAGCACAAGAUCAGUAAGCAUUAUACCUAUUUGUUAUAAAGUUUUGUGUGAGUCACAGUGUGACAUGUGUAGCAAGCGGAGAUUUCUCGUCCAGACUACUUCGCUUUACUACUGACCACACUAUUCCUGAAGUAGUUAUGUGACUAUCAUCUAGCUGAUAUUGUAGCUCAGUGCUACUUAAGGGUUUUGUAGCGGCUCCAUAUUUGCGAUUUACUUACACGGCAGGCUUGAUUUUUAUAUUAGUGAUGGUUAAAAUAUAACUUCCUUGUACUUCUGGGAUAGCAUACCUAUUACAAUAGAUAGACACCAUAAAAUGUCUGUAACCAUAUUAUUGUUUCUUUAAUGUAAUUCUGCUAUAAAUCCAUUCACCUAAUAUUUUGAACUAUCCUAUCCGUCAAACUUCAUCCGCCUUGUUAACGUGGAAGAAGCUGUUUCCUUAUCUUACCUUCAGCCUUGCAAAUCUUGGGCUCUCACAAAUACUUCAGAACUAAAAUUAACCUAAAAUAUAAAGGUUACCGACUGAAAUUAUUAAUCGAAAUAGCUACAAAACCCUAAUAAAGUCAUGGUACAAGAAAACUGAACUUUAAUAGUUGUAGGCACUAAGUUGUACCUACUGUGUAAGGUAAAUUAGAAAGUCUGUAUCUGUGAACGACGUGUGCUGGUGCGGAUUUCGUCCGCAUAUGGCCGCUCCAAAUAUUAUGCCCUAUUGACAUCCAAAUUACUCGCGCUCAUUUAAGCGACAUGUAUACGUACCGCACAAUUCAACGAAAGUACCGGUAUGUAUGUUAAAGGACGUAAACCGUACCCGCAUUCGCCUGAAAACGAUUUCCUGUUCAAACGAUGUGGUAUUGUUGUCACAUGUACAAUCCUGCGUCCUAUAAGGGCAGGGCUAAAGUUUAUGUUAGAUCUUAGCUCAUUGGUUAGAUAGCGCCUCCCGUAACAGCAGUUUAGAGGGUUUUCCUUAAGUAAAUGCUUAAUGUCGUGCUCUAUAUUGCACCGAAGUCACAAGUCUUCCCAAUAAGUACCUACUAUGUAUAUAGUUUACAUUACCUAGCUAAUAAAUAAGUUCUCAAUUACAUACGUACAAUGGCGCUAACUCCCUAACCAAAUGAGAAUAAGAAUCUCUACUUAUUAACAAAUCCGUCAAUCAGUAUUAUAUUGACGAAUUGUCCAAAGCGAUCAGCUAUUUUUAUAAUGUUCCAUAUCUACAUUAUUAUAAAUCGUUGUAUCAAAUUUUUAUCAGAUGCUAAUUAAGAGGAAAGCAAUUAACACGAAGAUAAAUUAAAAUCAGGAUUGCCUUUAAGAAAAAAUAAGCGCAAUAAAAUAAGUCAAGCAAUAAAACGACAUGUCUAACAUAAAAAUGUAACGUACCUUAUUGCGGUACCUAAUGCUAUUUUAAUGUUUAGCUGCUUAUAAUGUUUGGCUGUUGUGGUGCCAAAUUUUAUUUUAUAAAAUUAUAUUCUGUUUCAUUGUUUGAUGUGUAAUACGAUAUUAUAAUUAGCAAAUUGAAGCAUGUCUUGCGUUUAUCUGGUAAUAAAUUGAAUCCGUUCUUA